ACGUAACAUGUACAAUUGUAAUUUGCAACCCGAUACGACACUUAUGUGAACAUGUUGUGAAAACAGAUAGGAGUGUACGCGGGUAUGCAUAAUGACAAAAAUCAUAAAAUUCGUUAUAGGUUUUAAAGAAUACCUCAACCGGAUAGUACCGCCAUAUUGAAUCGAGCGAGUAAACUUUAAAAUGGGCAUUUGUAUUUGAACGGGGGAUUUAUGUUUGUGAAUCAGGAAGUUUUUAAAACCGAUAUUGGAAUAAGUGUGGUUUGGAAAAUUAAUCAAAAUUACAAACGGUAUAUUUAUUAAUCAAUAAUUUAAACUGUAUUUUUGGGAUACCGUAUCCAUUACUUUUGAAAACUGUUAAAAGUGACUUUUAUUACAAUAUAUCUUUCAAGUUAUGAUCAUAAUCUGACUUGUUGCGCAGAUUUAAAUAAAUAAUCGGAAGAGCUAGACGAACGAGGUCGUUAAAAAAUCUGUUCGAAAUGGAAGACUGUUAGUUUGGAUCAUUAAUUAGAGGGUUGACAUUGUCUUCCGUGUUGCAAGAUUCAGUUAAGCCAAAGGGAACAUGAGGCAGAACGCAGUGUACAUUACAGUGUGGUGUAUAGCGUCGUCAAUGACAAUAGCAGGGGCCAUAUUGUGCUACCAGUGCGUGGACUCCACGGGCGAUCGAGAAAAAGGGGGCGGAUGUCAAUACUCGGUCCGGGCCCUUGCCAAACAGAGGUCCAAUUUUGAGCAGAAAAACACGACAUUCUCGAAACAGACGAAUUUGAAGAACUGCAGCAAUUAUAUAGAUAGAGAUGGAAGAGAAAUAAUGCCAUUUUGUAAGAUAGAGAAGUACUCCUCUUAUGGAGAAAUCAACGGCUACAUACGCGACUGCAGCAACGGUUCGGAUUUUUCCGUUGAUUUCCGUAACGCCACUCACCUUAGCUACGAGAAGAGGUAUAUUCGUCCAGAUAAUCAGACUGGAUGUGGCUACAGUCCCACCCACUUUGCAAAUCUGUGCGUGUCCAUCUGUGAUACCGACUUUUGUAACGGCCCAGCAGCGGCGGCGAACAACUUGAAAUAUUCGUGUUUUAUUACUUAUCUCUCGGUUGUUGUAUGCAUGAUUCUGAAGAUGCGACAUGUUUAAAAAUCACAUGUUUAA